AACGUAUACACACACUGAUCCCAAACACUGUACACAACCUGGUGAGGCUUCAUUAAUGCAGAGAAGUCAGCAUUUCAUUAAAUUUUGUUCAAGCUGACAGGAAUAAUCAUUCAUCAUGGCCCUGCCAUUUCUUCCCGGGAAUAGUUUCAAAUCUACACUUGGAAAAACCAAACAUCACAAAUCUCACCAUUUUGACUAUUCUAACGAUGUUGCUAUGUUGGUUGGACAGUCAAAGCCAGGGAUUGGCGGGGAGCCUAUCAAAGGUCAGGUCAUCAAACCUAGAAUGAGUAGUUUCCCCCGUGGAGAAACACAACUGCCGAACUGGGUAGCUUUCGAUCAAAAGGUACUCUGCUUUGAUGCGUUUUUCCAUGAGGAAGUUAUUGAAAAGCGUGAAGAACAGUUUCGAGUACGUGAAUGUAAAAUCUAUUUUUAUUUAGAAGAUGAUUCUAUUCAAGUUAUCGAACCUAGAGCCAAGAAUAGUGGAAUACCUCAAGGAACUUUAAUCCGAAGACACAGAAUAAACAAACCCAACAGUGAUCAGUUUUAUACGGUGGAAGAUUUUAACAUUGAUAAUGAAAUCAAUCUUUAUUCUAAAAUAUUUAAAAUCACAAAUUGUGAUAAUUUCACGUAUAACUUUCUGCGGAAACUUGGUAUUAAGAUCUCGCAACCUGCAGACAUACCUGUCGAUCCUUAUGGUGAAUAUAGAAAAGGUAUGGAUGGUAGUAUGCAGCCAUUAAGACCCUAUGAGAAACACGAUACUUUAAAACAGUUCUUGGAUCACGACCGCCAUGUUUUACGAUUCUACUGUUAUUGGGAUGACUCUGAUAGUAUGUUUGGUGAUCCAAGGGAGAUGAUUCUACAUUACUUCUUAGCAGACGACACAAUGGAAAUGCGGGAAGUUAUCCCACCAAAUUCUGGCCGUGAUAAUGUUGCCGUUUUCUUGAGAAGAGGAAAAAUGCCAAAAGAUGUUGAAUCCGUCCAACAGCCAGGUGUUAAAACCGAUAGGACAGUUCUCAAUGUUUUCGGUCCGAUGGGCCACGGAGGUCGAUAUAUCCUUGAUAGUUUAAAGACUGGAGCCAUUCAUACCGAGUUUUAUAAAGAUUCUGAUUUAACUAUUGGUACAGUGAUCAAUGUCUUGGGAAGGAAAUUUAUCAUCUGUGAUUGUGAUGAAUUUACUAAAGAAUAUUAUAAAUCCAAAUUUGGAAUUGAACAAUUUACACCAAUCACCUACAAACAGAAUGCAGGCUAUAAAUUAGAUCGUCAAUAUCCCCCCUACAACGGUUUCGGUAGCGAAGAAGAUUCUCUGUGUUCCUGUAUGGGAUUAUUACCAAAACCACCGAAGCGUGACUUCAUCAAAUUUAUGGAGAAAGAUCGUCAUGGUCUAGAGAGCAACGUUUUACGAUUCCUCGCCAAACUGAACACCACGAAACCAAUCGAUAUGGAACGACGAUUCAUCAUUUCUUAUUUCUUGUGUGAUGACACAAUCUUAGUUUUUGAACCCCCUGUUAGAAACUCAGGUAUAAUUGGAGGUAAAUUUUUGGAACGAGGUCGAAUAAAGAAACCAGGUCAACCCUUAUACAGCACAAAAUUGUCUGAUUAUUUUAGUGCACAAGACUUGUACGUCGGUAGUAGCGUUGAUUUCUCAGGACAUAAGUUUAUUUUGAUUGAUGCUGAUGAGUAUGCCUUCCGGUAUAUGGAGGAACACUCUGCGGAGUUCCCAUUAGCAAAUAUCAACAACAUUGUGCAGAAAAUCAAAAAUAAGAUCGGAAACAGCAUGGAAGAUGUCCGAGCUUUCUUUGCCAGAAAUGAUCCUCAUGGAGCCGGGGCGAUAAAUUACGAACAAUUCCACAGUCUCAUGCUACAAAUUGAUGGAAAUCUCACAGAACAAGAGAUAAUGACUAUCGCUCGUUACUAUAGUGACAGAAGUGGAGACAACUCUAUUGAUGCUGCUAAACUUAUGGUAGUCGCUCAAGAGCAGUUACGAAAGAGAAAUUAUGAAGAUUUUGCAAAAUUGUUAGAUGCUCUACAGUAUGAAGACAAAGACAAGAGUGGUCAAGUAAAUGCUGAGGUUAUACGUUCCGUUUUCCACGCUCAUCACGUUCCUCUACCAGAUGAUAUGCUUAGAGCAGUUUUAACGAUAGCACCUGGUGAUGGUAGCGGCAACAUUGUAUAUUCACAAUUUAUAAAAUUAAUCAACUGGAAAGAUAACCCAGCAGCUCCCAUACAAUACACGGCCACACAAGAUGAAGGAUGGUCGGGAACGCAGCCGAAAAACCAGAUUAAUUCUGUUAAUUACAUGGCUAUCUUAAAAGAUAUAUUUGGAAAUAUUGACUAAACUCAAAUAAAUUAUUUUAUAAUCAGCAUUAUGUGAUUUUUUUUUUAAAUCGAAAUCAUCAUUUCUGGGUUGUGUUCCUAGAAAAUAUUUUAAAAUAGUCCAAACCAUCUGAAUUUCAGUUGAAGUAGUUUGAAAUCUGAUUUGAUUGAAUACAGAAAUAAAAUAAAAUGUCUCUUUUUGUUAACUUAUUAUGAUUAUUAUUGCACAUGUCUAUAGUGAACAACUGCAAUAUAAUGUGCUCAUGUGCACUUUACAAAGAUAUAAACAAGACAAUAUUACAUUUACAUAAUAAAAUGAGAUGACAAAGAGCAUAAUUACAUGUAAAUAGAAAUUAAAAUAGCUCUAUAAUCUACCUAUUAAAAGGAUCACUGAAUUAAAGCCUUUUUAAAUCAAUAUGUCUGUAGUUUAGUUUUAAAAGUUUUGAAGGGAACAAACUGGUUUUAGCUUAGGAUUAAUGUCUUAUGUUGGAAUGUUUGACUAAAGGGAACAUGUUAUUUAAAAUAGAAUUUUCAAUCAAUAUUUACUCAUAGAAUCAACUAUACAAUGAAUUUUAGCAUUUGUCACAAAAUAUUUGAUUAAUUAUACAAGAUAAUUUAUGCGUAAUACUCAUAACUUGUACAUGUACAAACAUCUUUUAAAACAUAAUUUGUUUGUGGAGACGAAAUACUUCUCAGUUAAUUUUGCACAAGACAUUUUAUGUGAGUUAUAAUCUGGAGUCUUGUUCAUGAAAACUUAAAUGUUAAGUACAUGUAUUAAGCCUUUUGAUUGGCUUAAAACUAAAAUCUGUUCAUGAUUUUAAUUCUUAACCAAUGAAAAGACUACAUCCUUAAAACAUUUUAGUUUUAAGUUUUUAUGAAUAAGGGAAGGCCAUUAAUUUUAGAGAGGAACAGUGUUCAGUUUGGAAUAUUUUAGUGAUUUUAAGGAAUUCAACCCAGAAAUGUCCACGUCAUCAACCUGUUUUUAUCUAUAUUAUAUUCAGUGUAAAUAUGUACUCAUUUAUUUGUGGAUAUUAUUAAUCAGCGGUUUUAUAUAUUUUAAAUCACAAUGUAUUUUAAAAAUCCAUCAGAAAACUUGUAUUUAUUUGAUAUAAAAGAAAGUUCACUGUUCAUACUAUUAUCACAUCACCUGUAUGAUGAGAACUUUUCCCUAAUGUGGUAGUUAGAAUAUAUGAUGUUGUUAAAUAGCAUUACACAUAUCCAUAGAAACAAGAUUUUUGCCAGGGAGAUAUGAAAAGAUCUAUUUGGUAAUGUGGUAAUUAGAAUACAGGUUAUUUUUAAAUAGCAUUUGCACAUAUCAAAGAAACAAGAGAUAUAUGAAAAUAUUGUGACCAGGGAGAUAUCAAAAGCUGUUACCAUGGUUUCAUCAUAAUUUAAGAUAUUAUAAUUUGUAUAUACAUGUAGUAUUAAUUUAACAGCAUUACUGUGAUUAUAAAGACCAGAUAAAUUAAUAAAAUUAUUUAUUGAA